AUGACGUCUACAGAUGAAAUUUUCGAUAUAGUUAUUGUUGGAUGUGGUCCUGCUGGAAUGGCAGCAGCAAUCGGUUUACAGGCAGUCUCACAAUUAAAAUUUAUUGUACUUGAAGCUCGUAAUCGUGUUGGUGGUCGCGUUAGUACUGAUACAACUACAUUUGGUAUAAAUACACCUAUUGAUUUAGGUGCACAAUGGUUACAUCAUUAUCGCCCUGAAAAUCCUUUAUAUAAAUAUCAUGCAAUAUCUGAAGAUAUUAGUAUUAAUAAUCUUUUUAUUUCACAUUCAUUAACAUCACCAUUUUUUGAUAUUGAUGGCACACGAAUAUCGUCCGAUAAAGUUUAUAAAGCCGAAGCACUUUCUAAACAACUAUGUAAAAUAGUCGAAGAAUCCGCGCUUUCAAUCGAUAAAUCAUUGUUUGAUGCUAUUAAAAGUGAAUAUAUGAAUUAUGAUAAUGAUCCUCAAAUAAAAAGAUUACUUGAUUUAUUUCUUGGCAUUAUUGAACAAUAUGAAGGAUCCAAUCUUGAUCAACUAUCAGCUAAAUCGUUUUUUAAAUCCGAUAAUGGUUUUCCCGAAUGUAAUUUAUCUUUGCCAAAUGGCUUUGGUACUUUUAUUGAAAAAGUUGUUCAACAUCAUCAAUUACCUGUUGAACUUAAUUGUAUUGUUACUCGUAUAGAUACUUCAUCAUCGGAUUCAAUUGUUCGAAUAUAUACUAAGGAUGAACGAAUACUUUUAUCUAAAUAUAUUCUUAUUACAAUUUCAAUUGGAUGUUUACAAGCUAGUUCAAUUGAAUUUAUACCAAGUUUACCUGAAUGGAAACAAAAUGCAAUAGAUAUUAUGGGUACAGGACUGGCAAAUAAAAUCUUUUUACAAUUUCCAUUUGUAUUUUGGGAUCCUACAUGGCCUUUAAUAUAUUCUACAUCACCUCGAUUUCGUUUUUUUAUAUGUCGACCUAAUGAUUGUAUACUUCAAAUUAAGCUUGCUGCUCGAACAGCAAUAGAAAUUGAACAAAAAGAUGAUAAAGAAACAAUUGAUGAAGUUAUGGCAUUGUUAAGAACUAUAUUUUCAGAUAGAGAUGUACCUGAACCAACUAAAUUUCUUAUUACAAAAUGGCAUCAAGAUGAAUUUUCAAGAGGUGCUUAUUCUAAUUUUGCUGUUAAUACAGAUAAUCAAACUUUAAUCGAUCUUGCUCGAGAAUGUAACGGUCGUAUACACUGGGCAGGUGAACAUACAAAUCAUGAUGGAUCAAUCGGCUGUGUGGAUAGUGCUUUUGAAAGUGGGCAACGUGAAGCCAAAAAAAUAAUACAAAGAAUAAAAUUAUAG